AGUGCGAUUGUGGCUGCCAUCGUGUGAUAGCGUAGAGAGAAGAUACGUAAAACUGAAUGCCGCGGUCACAUUGGCCAACCGAACUCCAAAUCGAUCAAAUCUAUUACGUUAAAUCCAAUGACAUCCCAUCGAUUGGUUUGCUGGCGUCUUCGUUUGUGUGGCUGUUGUAUUAAAGUACAACAUGUCUGACUCCGAUAUAAAGUAAACAAAAAGUUCAUUGGUACAAUGUGUACCGUCGCUCCUCGCAAAUACAGUUCCACAAAUGGUCAUAAUGGGGCCUAUAUUGUGAUGGGCAGGUACGAACUGAAGUAUUUGGGGAUCAAAUUGUAUUCAUUUCACGGUGGGUCAUAAAAGAAGAGUGCAUUGUUGAGCUUGGUCUUCAUUUCUUCAUCACUGAACUGGAUCCAACCAUGUCAAUAGAUUCGACGACCGAUGGGUUCUCUUCUCGGGUACCCGACUGUGUGGCAGAAUCAUGCUUCGAAUACCAAGGCGUCAUUUUAUCAUAUAUCACGCCAAAGAGGGCGCUAGAUGCAGUUCGAAAUUCGAAAGUCAGGCCCGAUGAUUUCUACAUCGUCACAUAUCCCAAAUCAGGUACUACAUGGGCAGAGCAAUUAUGCCUACUGAUUAAGGGUGAUGGAGACAAUUCGAUAAUGGAGGGCUCCCAUAUCAGGAAGCUGGUUCCUUUCAUUGAGAUAUGUUUAGACCAUAGGAAUCCAGAGACGUCACCUUUGAAGAUGGAUGAAGUUGAAAAAAUGCCCUCUCCAAGGCUCCUCAGGACGCACUGUCUUCCAAAGUUCUUACCUUAUGACGUCAGCACUGAUGAUCCGAAAGCUAAGGUUCUUUACGUCGCCCGGAACCCUAAGGAUGCUGCCGUUUCUUACUACCACUUCUGUAACUAUGUUCCUCCGUUACCGUCUUAUCCAUCUUGGGAUGUCUUCUUUGAAGAAUUUCUCGCCGGGAGAGCUCCCCAAGGAUCUUGGUUUGAAAACGUGUUACCAUGGUGGAGGAGAAGAAAUCAUCCUAAUGUUCUCUUUCUCAAGUACGAAGAUAUGAAGAAGGAUCUCCCGAAAGCCGUCAAACAAAUCGCCGAAUUCAUGGGCAAAUCUUUUACCGAUGACGUCAUACAGAAGAUAGCGGAUGCAUCAACAUUCAAGGCGAUGAAAGAAAGCUCCUCAUCGAAUCCAGAUAUUCUGAUUAAAGGGCGCAUUGAUGAGGGCAACAAAUCCUUCAUGAGAAAAGGUAUUGUGGGAGACUGGAAGAAUUAUUUCUCAGACGAUCAAAACAAACGAUUCGAUGAGCUUUACAACAAGGAAAUGGCUGGCUCUGGCCUUGAGAUGGAUUUCGGGUCCCCGUAAACUUUUCUUUUCCAGCGAGGACACAAUACAGGGGCCACGGAACCGGGGGGGGGGGGGCUGGAUGGGCUUGAGCCCCCACUUUUACCCAAGCCGUGUACUUGGACGUAAAAUUGACCAUCGGAUUGUGAUUUUAUGCAUGGUGACCCCUCCCCCUUGAAAACCGUUCCACGGACCCCGAGCAGUCGAGUAAAUGAAGGACUUCAACAACAACAAAAAAACGAACUUUUUAUCAAAUCGAGUUCAAUAUCUCUAAAUGCUGACAUAUUUAUUGAAAUGAACAAGAUAAAGUAUUGUAGACAUUACGUAUCCAGUGCGGCUCUGUGGGGGCAGGGUUGCCCCCCCCCCCCCCUCAUCCUCCAUGAUUUUCAAGUGGUAAAAAAAAAAGUUAUUGCAAAGGGAUAGAAGAAAAAGAAGAGCGUCAACAAGAAAGGUCUGAGUCAUUUGUAUAGGCCUAUCCUCUUCUUUAUCUCUGUCAUUCAGUUGAGAAAAAUAUAUGACGUCACCAUUAUAGUUCGUUAAGCCCCACCAACAUCCCACCUAUCAAAAUACCCUGCCGCCAUCACCCACCUGUAUCUACGUUCUUCAAAGAUAUAAUCGGUGUUUAACAAUGUUUAACCCCGCCCCCCCCAAAAAAAAAAAAAAAAAAAAAAAAAGGGGGGGCACCAGGAAGAACUUCCUUUUUUACUUUAAAAAUGUCUUUCAAGGGAGGUUUUUAAAGGUUUUGUGAAAUUCAUUUUUUGUUAUUGUUGUCACCAAAAUAAAGAUUAAAUAUACAACAAUUCAU